UUGUUGUUUUGUUUUCAAAUGUGUAGUGUAAACAACGAAUGGACGUUCGCUAAGUUCGUGAUUGUGUGUUUUGCAGUGGUAAAACUGCGUGAAGUGAGUGUUGAAACGCCAGAACUCGGCGAGUGUCUGCAUUUAACUGUAAUUGUUGUUGGUUGAAGUUGGGGAAAUGGGGGUGGACAAGAAGGUGUCGCAGCGACGCAGCAGGAGUCGCGAGCGCGACUACGCGCGGGGACGCGACCGCAGGGACGGCAAGGACCACCAGCGGCGGGCGAGGAGCGCGUCCAAGGAGCGCGACAAGGACCGCGGCAAGAAGAGGGAGCGGCGCUCGCGCAGCGCCAGCAGGGACCGACACAAGCACAAGGACAGGAAGCACUCCGCCUCGCCGACCGCGGGCGAGAAGGUGGAGAAGGAGGAACCCGAGGAGCUCGACCAGAAGAAGGAGCCGCUGUCCCUGGAGGAGCUGCUGGCCAAGAAGCAGGCCGAGGAGGCUGCGCGGAGCAAGCCCAAGUUCCUGACCAAGGAGGAGCGCGCCGCGGAGGCGCUGAGGAAGCGACAGCUGGAAGUCGAGGAGAUCCGGCGCAGAAACGAGGACGAGAGGAAGAAACGAGCAGACUUCGCGGCCAAGGAACUGGAAGAGAGGAAGAACGAUCCGGAUCACGAGAAGGACAGAAGAAGAGAUAACAGGGACAGGGACAGAGAGAGGGACAGGGAUAGAGAUAGGGACAGAGACAGGGAUAGGGAUAGAGACAGAGAUAGGGACAGAGAUCGGGAACCACGUAAAGACAGGGAUGAAGACCCGCAGAUGUUCAAAGAUAAGGAGAAGGAAGUAGAAGCUAUUAAAGAACGUUACCUAGGCCUCAUCAAAAAGAAGCGAAGGGUCCGGAGGUUAAACGAUCGUAAGUUUGUUUUCGAUUGGGAUGCCUCGGAGGACACAUCCGUUGAUUAUAACCCACUGUACAAAGAGAAGCAUCAGGUGCAGUUCUUCGGGCGCGGGAACGUUGCUGGAAUCGAUAUAAAAGCACAGAAAAGAGAUCAGUCAAAGUUCUACGGCGAGCUCUUGGAGAGGAGGCGUACGGAGGCUGAAAAGGAGCAAGAGAAGGUGCGACUCAAGAAGCUGAAGAAGAAAGAGGAGAAACAAAAAUGGGACGAUCGCCACUGGUCGGAAAAAUCCAAAGACGAGAUGACGGAGAGAGAUUGGCGUAUAUUCAGGGAGGACUACAACGUGACCAUCAAGGGCGGACGCAUCCCGGAUCCCAUCCGCAACUGGAAGGAGUGCGACAUUCCGAGCGAGAUCCUGGAAAUAAUCGAGAAGGUGGGUUACCUGGAGCCCACGCCCAUCCAGCGACAGGCCAUACCCAUCGGGCUGCAGAACAGGGACAUCAUCGGCGUGGCAGAAACCGGCUCGGGCAAGACCCUGGCGUUCCUGAUCCCGCUGCUGAUGUGGAUCCAGUCCCUGCCGAAGAUCGAGCGGAUCGAGGACGCGGACCAGGGGCCGUACUCCAUCAUCCUGGCCCCGACCCGCGAGCUGGCCCAGCAGAUAGAGGAGGAGACCAACAAGUUCGGGCAGCCGCUGGGCAUCCGCACGGUGGUGGUGGUGGGCGGGCUGUCCCGCGAGGAGCAGGGCUUCCGCCUGCGCAUGGGGUGCGAGAUCGUGAUCGCGACACCGGGGCGUCUCAUCGACGUGCUGGAGAACCGCUACCUGGUGCUCAACCAGUGCACGUACAUCGUGCUGGACGAGGCGGACCGCAUGAUCGACAUGGGCUUCGAGCCCGACGUCCAGAAGAUCCUGGACUACAUGCCCGUGACAAACCUGAAGCCGGACACGGAGGACGCGGAGGACGAGACCAAGCUCCUGAUGAACUACAACUCGAAGAAGAAGUACCGCCAGACGGUGAUGUUCACGGCGACGAUGCCCCCCGCGGUGGAGCGGCUGGCGCGGACGUACCUCCGGCGCCCGGCCGUGGUGUACAUCGGGUCGGCGGGCAAGCCCACGGAGCGCGUGGAGCAGAUCGUGUACAUCCUGUCGGAGGGCGACAAGCGGCGCAAGCUGAUGGAGAUCCUGGGGCGCGGCGUGACCCCGCCCGUCAUCAUCUUCGUGAACCAGAAGAAGGGGGCGGACGUGCUGGCCAAGGGGCUGGAGAAGCUGGGCUACAACGCCUGCACGCUGCACGGCGGCAAGGGCCAGGAGCAGCGCGAGUACGCGCUCGCCAGCCUCAAGUCGGGCUCCAAGGACAUCCUGGUGGCCACCAACGUGGCGGGGCGGGGCAUCGACAUCAAGGACGUGUCCAUGGUCAUCAACUACGACAUGGCCAAGAGCAUCGAGGAGUACACGCACCGCAUCGGGCGCACGGGGCGCGCGGGCAAGAACGGCAUCGCCGUGUCCUUCUGCACCAAGGACGACUCGGAGCUGUUCUACGACCUGAAGCACCUGAUCCUGUCCAGCCCGCUGUCCACGUGCGCGCCGGAGCUGCUCAACCACCCGGACGCCCAGCACAAGCCGGGCACCGUCGUCACCAAGAAGCGGCGCGAGGAGAAGAUCUUCGCGUAGUCGCGCCGUGUCGCGUGCCUUUCCCGCACGAGCCGUGUCGCACUCUCUCCCUAGUUACUAAGUCCUCAGCCCUGUACAGAGAGUUCAUUAAUAAAGUAAAUAUCCACACAAAAAUGUCCAAUUUUGUAAAUGAAAUAAUAUGCAGCUCUCCUGGACAUUUUUUUUUUUUUUUCAGAUACAGAAUUUUAUAAACUGUGUAGAUAUCUUUAUUUGUAAAGCAAAGACCAUAAUUUGUUACUUGACUAGGCCAAGUUUUUUUUUGCAUCAUAGGGAUUUGAUUGCCACUUAGUUGGUUUUCUGAAAAUAUGAAUAUGUUUUUUGGCAAUUGUCCCGUAUCACGUAUCCUGUUUGGUCGAUCCUGCGGUAUACGAUGCUUGCUGUUUUAAUUUAGUACGUCUAAAGAUCCUGGACAUAUCAAAGAUAUUACAACACAAUGUUAGGAAGUAAAAAAAAAUAAUAAUAAUUUGUUUCUUAGAUUUUUGAUUUGAUGAUGUAGUCAUAGUUCAUUGUUGCAUCUCUAAAACUGUCAGUAAAAACUUUUCUCGUGUUUUUUUAUUAUUUUAUUUUAAUGACCAAAUGGAGCUUACGUUACGAAUAUCACUCGUAGAAAUGAAUUUUUAAAGUUUUCAAAACUUGUUUUGAAUUGAUGAAAAAACCAUUUAUUAAAAAUUAGAUUUAUUUAUAUCAUAAUCACAUUUAAUUAAUGGUAAAAAAAAAAUUAAUGAAGCGAAAUAAUGAAAUCACCACCUUUAGCGCGAGUGCUUGUUAAAGAAGGAAGGAUGGACGGGCAAACACAGCUACAGUAGAUGCAAGUAGAUGCCGGGUAGACCACUCCGGAGUAGCUCACUCACGUGCGCAGCUCAGUGGUAUGUCCGUACUGUGACCGUGAACCAACCACAGCAACGCAAAUUGCCCUUGCCGCCGGUUGCGGUCUUCCUGGUAAGGGACUGUGAAGUCGUGAAGUAGAUGUUCUUUGAAUGAUUCGUGCUUGUGAAAGACCUUCAUGGACGCGAGACCGGGUUCACCUGUACGUCACCAAGGUGGUGGCUUGUCUUUAUUUUCUGUCCUUGUCACAAGUUGUCACAUCGUCAGCCCACUGUUCGUCUGUGCUGUGAUGUUUUUCCAGACUGAUUCCUCCCGCUGAAUCCUCUCUGUGCUGCCUGUGCUGGCAUCGGCUGGUCUUCAGUGUGUUUCUGUGUUUGUCUUUCUUGUUCAUUCUUGUGGUUUCUCCACUCUGUGACGUACAGUUAAAACCAGCAAUGGCAUAUGUUAACAAUUUUUUUUUUAAUUAUAAAAUAGAUGACAGGAUGGAUCAGUUGGUUUGAAUUUCCACAGUUAGGUUAGUCUUCACUGUCCACAAGGAUCUGGGGAAAAGGAACGUAAACUAGGUUUUUUUGAUUUUGUGAUUGAUUAAAAAAAUUUGUUUCAAAGGGGUUUAGGGAAUAUUUUUGUCAUGGAGCCUAGGUGGAAAUAAAAGUUAUUUAUUAAUACUACAUGUAAUGAAGAGUAAUUACAAUUGUUUGAAAAACCUUACUGUGUUAUUUUUGUAUAAAUUCCUGCCCACGGACUCUGAAACGGUAUAUAAAGUUUUGUAUUGAGCAAGUGUAGCCUAUUAAAAUAAAGACAUAUUGUAAA